AUGACAGUCCUGAAAGGAUCCAGCAUCAUGAACAGAUCUCCAGAGCAGUGUAUCUUGGCGAAAGCAUUAUAUGAUAACAAUGCUGAAUGUGCUGAUGAGUUGGCUUUCCGGAGAGGAGAUAUCCUGACUAUUCUAGAAAAGAAUGUUCCUGAAAGUGAGGGGUGGUGGAAGUGUUCACUUCAUGGUCGACAAGGGCUGGCUCCUGCAAAUCGUCUCCAUCUCCUGACUGAUGCUCAAGAGGGUGGAUUUUCUCUUUCCUCCCAGAAUAGCUUGGAAGAAUUACCUAGCAGUCCAGAAAAGACUAACCAUGGGCCCUCUGAGAUCAACAGAUCUCCUCUACCAGGUGUAUAUGAGCAGAUGGUUGGUUGGGUGAAAUUGCCCAAGCCUGCAGUUUCUCCCUCUAUAGAUCAAGUGUAUGAACAACCUGCACCACUGACUACAGCAAAAAUUUUUACUGAAAAGACUUUAAGCUUUGCUAAACAGGACCUUGUUACACUUCCCAGACCAAUUUCAGCCCUCUUAUCAACUAUUAAUCCACAAGUUUAUGAUGUUCCAUCCCCACAAAGUCAAAGCCGCUUGAUUCCUAAGGAACAGGAACAACAAGUAUAUGACAUUCCAGCAAGCUCUGAAAAAGGAGGAAUUCAUGUUCCAACGAGACAUGUUUAUGAUGUCCCCUCUCCGACUACAAGAGUCUUUUCUCUAAGAGAUAAACCCUGUGUUGUUUCUUCAUCAACAAAAUCAGUUAGAAAAGGUUUCUCUAAUACUUUGCCUAAUCCUCAGAAGCCUGGAUGGAUUUAUGACUCUCCAGUAUCUCCAGAUAAAACAAGUUUGAGGCAAGCAUCCCUAUCAAGUCCCCCAGAACAGAAGGUAUUCUAUGAUAUUCCACCUCCUAGGUAUACAUCAACCUUGAAAAAUUCACCAAAUGAUAAAUCAAAGACACUCAAACCACAAAAUGUACACCCAGUUCAGAAAAAAAACAGUCUCCCAGAAAUGCCUCUGUGUGGAUUUCCAUUCCCUCGGGAUAUACUACCCUCGAAACCUAGAACUGAAUAUGCUGUCCCUCCAAGUUUUCUGAUUCCUCGGAUGGAACAACAGGAUACCAUGCCCAAUAUUUAUGACAUCCCAAAAGGGAUGUCUCUUGCCCCUCAGGUUGGAAAAGACACUGAAAAGAAAAAUGAUGCUUCAGAAAAUUGUGCUUAUCACAUUUCCUCGUGGCUACCAAGACAUCCAAGGUCAAUAUCCCCUGAACCAUCAGAACAAGAUAGGUUAUCCAUUUCCAGUGUAGACAGCAGAGCCAGUAUCUCUUCUUGCUCUUCAGCAUCUACUGACCCCUCAUCCAUUUCCUCAUCAGAAGAACCAGGCAAAGAGGUUAUGUUGGGCUUGGAGUUGGCCAAAGAGAUGGUAACAGAUCUACAGCACAGAGUAGCUAGCUCCAUAGCAAGUCUGAUGAUCUUUGUGAGUAGUAAGUGGAGAUUCAAAGAAUUCCUGGAAGCUAACAUUGAUGAGAUCCAUAGAGCUGCUGAUCAUAUCAAGGCAUCCGUAGGAGAAUUUCUAGAUUUUGCCCAAUUGGUCAAUGUGAAUGUUAGCAAUCUCACUGAUAAUAAUCUUCAAGUCAGGCUAAAAAAGCAACUACAGAUUAUUGCAGAUUCCUACCAAAUUCUUCUAGAAACAAUGGGAGCUCUGAAUAACUGUAACUGGUCUCUGGACAUUCUUAUUACUGACAAACUUCAAAACAAUCCUGAUGACCUGGACAGAUUUGUCAUGGUGGCCCGGACAAUUCCAGAAGACAUCAAGCGCUUUGUUUCCAUCAUCAUUGCAAAUGGGAAGCUUCUUUUUAAACAGACCUGCGAGAAAGAAGAGGCUAACCAACUCCACAUUAAAUCAGAACAUAAAUUAGCAACAUUCACUCAGUUACCGAGAAGAAAAAAUUAUGACUUGCACCAAGGGAAUAUUGCUUUUGGUAAAUCAAGGGAAAGUGAAUUCUCUUCUGAGCCAGAAAGUAAAAAUAUGAGGAAUGUUUGUGAUCAAGAUAAAUCACAGAAGACAAUGACCCUGGAAGAUGUACAGAAACCAGCUUUCAAACAAGAAACAGAGAAGAAAAAAGAUCUUAAAACAAAGAGCCUUUCUCCUCCGAAUCACAAACUGCUGAGUAGACAGGAUCCAGAGAAGAAAAUCAGCCUUUCAGAACAUUGUAGACUAUACUUUGGUGGGCUUCUUAAGGCUAUUGGCAUAUUUAAUACCAGCCUUAACAAUAAUCAGCCACCUGAAAUUUUUAUCACCCAGAGUAAAUUGAUCAUCAUGAUAGGUCAAAAGCUGGUAGAUUCCCUUUGCCAAGAGACAAAGGAAAAGGAUGUUCGGAAUGAGAUUCUCUACAGUAGCAGCAAGCUUUGUGGCUUAUUGAAGAAUCUAGCUGUGGCCACCAAGAACGCAGUCCUCAAAUAUCCUAAUGUUGAUGCAAUAAGAGAACUUCAGGAGGAGGCAGAUAAGUUAUGCAAACACACACAACUAGUCAGAGAAACGCUAGAAUGAGAUCUCACUUCAGUUCUUCCUGUGUAUUACUAUAAAGACUCGGCAAUCCUUGCUGGG